AUGCUCGGCAAACGGACACGCAGGCAGGACGGCGACAGUGAAGUGCCAGCCGAAGAGGCCUGUCAGAUCAGUCAAACAGGGGCUUGGUUUUCAGCUUUCGUAGUGAUACCCCUCGGCUAUGGCCGGGCGAGCUCAUGCAAUGACUGCCCAUCCCACCUCCAGUCGGUUGCUUUCUCCCUCGGCCUAGGCACACGAACACACGCUCUUGACACAACGAGCCGAGACAAAGGUCGUCCGGCCGAGGAGUACUUGUGCUACAGUGGGAGACACGAGGGCGCUGGGGCGCGAACGGGUGGGUGGGUGUGUGCUCGAGACCAUUUGCAGUUUCCCUCCAGCCUAGCAACCGGUUGCGAUAGCACGAUCGAGCUACCUAUUCACGUGGCGUCAUGGGCCAAAGUUUGCAUACAUGUCCAUUUUGGUCGUGUGACAGCUAACUUUACUGACCGUCACCAACAGUCAACGGUCCCCGCGGAGCGACUUCGACUGACCAGCCGGGACUCGAAUGCAGACAUGUUAAUGCCAACACAUCCCGCCAGCCAAGCCCAGUCACGAGAUGAAGGUGUCAGUGAAACUGAUCCCACCAGAAGAGAAAGCCUAAUUCCCAUACAGAUUGAUGCAGUAGACGAAACAUCCUCUUUGGGCUUCUGGUGA